AUGAGAGGGCCUAUGGAUAGGUUUGCAUCUUCUAUUCAUCCUACCGAUGUAGGAAAAAAAAGGAAGCAAAAAGUUAUCAAUGAUGCAUUUGCUAAGAAAAGAACACAAGAUGUGCAUGGAUAUUUGGCACGAUGGGUGUAUGAGAGUGGUAUUCCUUUCCAUGCUCUUGAUAAUGAUAGUUUUAGAAGAUUUGUAGAAGUGGUUGGACAAUAUGGCCCGGGCUACAAACCUCCAAGCCAAUAUGAAUUAAGGGAACCAUUGUUGAAAAAGGAAGUAGAGAGGACAAAGAAGGCACUUAAGAGUCAAGAAGAUGAGUCGACUAAGAGUGGUUUCUCAAUCAUGAUGGAUGCUUGGAGUGAUGGGAAACGAAGAAGUAUCAUGAAUUUGUGUGUGAAUUGCAACAUGGGCACAACUUUCCUUUCUUCCAAGGAAGCUUUCAAUGACUCACAUACCGGUAAAUACAUUUUUACUUAUAGUAAAGAAUGUAUUCAAGAAGUUGGGCCACAAAAUGUGAUUCAAAUGGUGACGGACAAUGCUUCUAACAACAUGGCGGCGGCCAAGAAAUUGAAAGAAGAAAUUCCUCACAUUUUUUGGACUUCAUGUGCCACUCAUAUCAUCAAUCGUAUGCUUCAAGGAAUAGGUAGUCUACCUAAAUUCCAAGUAGUAAUUGAGAAAGCCAAAGCAUUCACCGUCUUUAUUUAUUCACAUCACAAGACUUUGGCUAUGAUGAGGAAUUGCACAAAGAAGAAAGAUAUAGUGAGGCCGGGAGUUACAAGGUUUGCUACUUCUUUCCUUACUUUACAAAGUUUGAACAAGAAGAAGCAUAUGUUAAGACUAUUAUUUGCAAGUAAAGAAUGGGAAGAUAGUAAGUAUUCCAAGACUCAAAAAGGGAAAGCGGCAUUUGCUACUAUAAUGAGUACAUCAUUUUGGAAUGGGGUUGAACUUUGCUUAAAAGUAUUUGAACCUUUGGUUAAGGUGCUUCGCCUUGUUGAUGGAGAUAAAAAAAACCAUCUAUGGGUUUCUUAUAUGGAGAGCUACAACAAGUAA